AAAUCAACGGGAGGCGGAGUCUCACAUGACCGGGCUCAACUUGUGGACCUGUCGGUGAGGAGGACAGAGGCAGCCGGGGCAGGGAGGGGUAGCUGCCGACAUAAUUACAGUACACACAGCGGUGGACCUGCUGCUGUGAUUCACCAAACCUUAGGAAUAAAUCCCCUCCUUCGCCGCGGCUCUCAGACGCUGCUCAUCUCUCUGCGGCGGUGCGGGGAAAGCGCUGGUUUAAUGGCGUUUGGAAAAGUCUCCGCGGCGCUCCCCGGGCACAAGAGGAGACAUUACGGCGCGAGUUAGCUAACGUUAGCUCCACAACAAGCUGGCUGAUAUGGCUGUCUAACUGGCUGCCGAAGAUAAAUUCAUGGAUCACCAAGGACAACAAAGAAGAAAAAUACAUCUGUGAGCUUAGCCAAUAACUAGCGAAUCUGACUCAUCAGUAUAUCACCAGACUGACUCAGUGCAUGUGGCCUCAGUUGUUCACAGACAUCUGUUGGGCAGCCAAAAGGCCUAUUGCUAUGCACUUUAAGAGGAGAGACAUGAGCCGAGGGGAUGCUGGGAGGAGCGGGCUUCCUUCAUGCAGGACUAUCCCUCUGGUACUAGGGCUUCUAGUGGCCAUGGCCCAGGGCGCUGUGCCAGAACAGCGAGAGACAGUGGUGGAGAUGAUACCUGUGGAGUUAGAGGCUUCCAUGCAGUCCUCUGUGCUCGCUGAGCUCCAGGCUGCUUCAUCAUCUAUUGGUGAAGGGCCACCUCCAGCUAUCCCAGAAUCCUCUCCAAAGAAUGGGGGAGUGCACACUGGCAUACCCGACUCCUCUGCAAUCGUGGGCCAGGUGUUCCAGUUGAAGGUUCCAACCAGGUCUGCCAAUGCAAGCUGCAAUGUCCAUCUCACUGAAACGGGAAAGGAGACUUUACCCACUUGGUUAUAUUGGGACAAAGAAAGCUGCAUCCUGAGAGGUUUGGCCCUGGAGCAGGAUAAAGGUGUGUAUCAUAUCUUGGUGUCUGGAGAAGAAAUAACUGAGAAGAAUGGCAGCCAGGUGUUUCCCAGCACAGUCUUCUCUGUUGAAGUGUACCCAGAAGAAAGAGCAGACACCGAACCAGCCCUGCUUACGCUACAGUCUGACAUCAGUGGCCUCCAGCCUUUCACCUGUGGCUCUGAGGAACCUGUCACUGUCCUCACUGUCAUCUUGGAUGCUGAUUUGACAAAGAUGGUUGCUGAACAGAGGGCCAACUUACUGCGCAUCAUGAGAAAAUUCUCACACGUGCCCCUCGAACACAUGAGGGUGGUCCCUGUUGUUAACAACCGCUUAUUUGACAUGUCUGCUUUCAUGGCUGGACCAGGGAAUGCUAAGAAGGUGGUGGAGAAUGGGGCUCUACUGUCAUGGAAACUUGGAUGCGCCCUUGACCAGGGCAGAAUCCCUGAUAUUAGCAGUGUUCAAUCCUCAGCAAAGGAUGGGACCAUGUCAGCCAGACUGGGGUACCCAGUGGUUGGCUGGCACAUUGUGAACAAAAAGCCCCAUGGAGUGAAAAGGGUCAGACGGCAAUUGAACAAUACUCCAACACCAGUGCCCUCCCUGCUUCCUCCAACUACCCACCCAGAGCCCCCUAUUCGUGUUGUUCCCACCCCGACUUCGCCCUCUAUUGCCCCAGCAACAGACAUCUCAGCUCCGCCUGUCCGAGGCCCUUUGCCGCUUCCAGUGAAGCCUACCAUGAGGGUCAGGGACCAGAUUGCCCACACACCUAUCUUUGGGCCCCCCCAACCUACGAGAGUACUAGGAACUACAAGCACCAUCCCUAUCCAGCCAACCAUGACACGGCCUACAUUUGUAGGGGCCACUGCUGUGCCAACACCACCAAGCACCACCAAAAAACCCAAACCCUCUUCCACAAGGAAACCCAAGAAAAUUAAAUCUUCCACUCCAGCUCUCCAGGAACCCAAGUCUACCACAGCUAAACCACCCAAACGCACCACUCCUCUCUCUUUGGCUCCAGACUUGAAUCAAACCCCGGAGAUCCGCAAUGCCAUUGAUCAGGUGAAUGCAUGGGUUGGCACUUACUUUGAGGUUAAGAUUCCUCCCGAUACAUUCUUUGACAAGGAGGAUGGUACCACUGAUAAGCUGCGUUUGACUUUAAAGAAAACUCCAAAAGAAGCAGUGAGUGAAACAUCUUGGAUCCAAUUCAACAGCACUAUUCAACUUUUGUAUGGCCUUCCAGAAGAGCAGCAUGAGGGGAAACAUGAGUACUUUAUGUUGGCUACUGAUAAGGGUGGGAGGAGCAUCAUGGAUGCUUUCGAGGUACAAGUCAACCGAUGGUCCAGUAAUGACAAACCAUCAGUUGUGUUUGCUGCUCGUUUUCACGGUGACCCCAAAACUUUAAGCAAUGAUGUUCAUAAGAAGAUUCUUUUGACCAGAAAGUUGGCCUAUGCCCUUGGUGAUCGCAAUAGCAGCACAGUGACCCUGAGGAGCAUCACAAGGGGCUCCAUUGUGGUUGAAUGGACCAAUAACAGUCUGCAGCAGAGUCCUUGUCCAAAGGACCAGAUUACAGUUUUGAGCAACAGGAUCUCGGAUCCCCAAGGUACACCUAAACUGGCCUUCAUCAAAGCCAUGGAACCCGACUUCAAACCCAUCAACAUUUCCAUUCGUGGUACGAAUAAAUGCCAGAGCUACACAUUCAUCCCACCAGGAGAGGUGCCAAUGCCUGUCCUUCCUACAGCUUCCCCUUCACCUGGGACAGGUCGUAGGAGCAGUGAUGAUGUUUACCUACACACUGUUAUUCCAGCUGUAGUGGUAGCAGCCCUACUGCUCAUCGCCGGGAUCAUUGCUAUGGUCUGCUAUCGGAAGAAGCGCAAAGGGAAGAUGACCAUAGAGGAGCAGGCCACUUUCAUCAAGAAAGGAGUCCCUAUCAUAUUUGCAGAUGAGCUAGAUGAUUCCAAGUCACCCCCGUCUUCCAGCAUCCCCCUUAUCCUUCAGGAGGAAAAGCCCCCCCUUCCCCCUCCAGAGUACCCUAACAUGGCUAGCCCCCACUGUACCCUGCUUAACCAGGAUCUGCUAGAGGAGUAUUCUGUUUAUCAAGAUGAUGACCCUAAUGCCCCUCCUUACCAGCCCCCACCACCAUUUACUGUCCCCAUAGAGGGAAAAGGCUCUCGCCCUAAGAACAUGACAUCGUACAGGUCACCACCUCCUUAUGUGCCUCCCUAACGCACAGUGGAGCUUUCAGUUUGGAAAGCAGGUGCACUGUAAGGAUGCGUGUUGAAAACUACUGCAGGAGUAAUUUUAAUGUUCAAUGAAAUGGCUUUGACUUUGUAGAGGAGCAGGCAAACACCCAUAUAUUUGACCAUCAUGGAUAAAACACUAUCUCUCAAUUCUACUACUGGCACAGGGCAAAUGGAUGGGAACAGUUUGUAAUUGCCAGCUCUUUUUUUUUGUUGUCCUUCAAAUCUGCUUUGACUACUUGCAUAUUCUUUUUUUGUCUGUUUUUUGCCAAGAAGAGUCAGUUUUAUCUUCAAUGACGUACUAUUUCUAUUGUAUAGAAAAUAAUGAAGAAGCAGGAAAGACUGAAGCCCAUGGGGCCUUUGAGCAGAUGUCACCAUGACAACAGACUCGAGGCUCUCCCUCACAAUGUUAUUCUUUAUGAGUUCUAUAUCACUCUAUCUGUCCUUCAGCUAGGUUUACUAAGAUUUUGCACCUGUUAUUUCUAGAGGGGAAUGAAAUACAAAAAGCCAAACUGAAAGCAUGAAACACUUAAUUUACACAAGAAUCAGUUGGUUUCUUCUUCUUGAUCUUUCCGUUUUAUGCUUUGCUCCCUCUCGAUAAUAACAUGCAAACCUUGCACUUAUGCAAAUUCUUGUUAAACCUUGCACUAUGUGUCUUGCACAGAAUUGAACACACUAAGUGGUAGUCCAAUAAAGAGAAGAAAAUAUCUUUUUUGUAUCCUUGAAUUCGCCACAUGACUGAGAUUCCUCUGGUAAUUGAUCACAAAGGACAUUACACGGAUCAUGCCUGUUGGGGAUGUAGCCUAAUUAAGUUACAAAACAAAUAACUCUUUUUUUUUUUUUUUUUUUGUCCCCCCUCCUCAAUGUUUGUGCUACUGAAUCUGCUUGUGAGAUGACUGGUGUUGCUGUUGCCAAGGUGAUGUCUGCGGUCACAAGGCAAACCUUUUAGGGUUAACCAACAAUAAUGAACGGGCGAAUGGAAUUCUGUGGUCCACAGUGAUCUGAGUGUUGUCAACAUAGUCAAUGAGGUGGAUCCAAUGUCUUAUAUUGAAUUGGUUCUGUGGGGGGGGGGGGGGGGGGGGGUGGCUUAUAGAGUACUGUAAUAACACUGCUCUGCCUCUAGGUGUUGAGUGCUCUCCCUGUUGUCGGCUCAGAUGAGGCAUGGGGACGUGGGGAUGUACAUAAUUGUGUGCCUGUGAAAUUAAACAACUCCAUAAUGUUAGUGUUUUAUCAGUAAACCUAGUCUGGGGGGGGGCGGGGGGCCAGCGUGGGAAAUUAUUUUAUUUUUUAAUUGUAUGUCUAGAUUUAUGAUCACAAUCAUGAAAAAGACUUUAUAGUUUGUGAAGGUACAAAAAGAACGUUUACUUACCCAUCACAAAAAAAAUAAUGCAUUAUCUCAAUAUGAUGGGCAACAAAGAAACUACAACAAUAUGUGAAUUAUGUACAUUUCAUAUCUGAUAUCACCAUAAGAAAAAUGGUUAAAGAUCUAAUGUUUUUACUGAGUUUUUGAUACAGUCUUAAACUUGUUUUAUGAAAAUAUAUUAAUAAAAUGUAAUACUAUUUGUAAAGC